CAACUGGGUCGCCGGCGGUAGCCAUGAUGAAAACUGGCGAAAACGGAGCUUAACGUGACACGCCUGAACGAUCCGAGGACCAUCCCCGACGGAUCCCAGCACCUUACAGCGGUCUUUGAGACAAUAUUACAAAGCCUACAGGCCAUGCGGGAUCCCCCUACGGACGUACGGCGGGCCGCAGGGCCAGUGGCCACGCCCUCGCGGCGGGACCUUGCCGCGUCACGGGCAGGGGCGUGGCCGGAGAGCGUUUCCUCCUCUUUCCCAGCCGGCCCCGCGCCUACCUGCCCACCCUUCGCCUCCUUUUCCGCGGCCGCAUGCUUCGCGACCGCUGAUUGGCUACGGAGGACGGAAGCUCUGUUGGGGUUUCUUUAGAAGUUUUCCCCUCCUGGGCGGCGGCGGAGCUGGUAACCAAGGUAGAAAACGCUCAAGCAGAAGCUUUCGUGACUACUAGGGAUGGCGGCAGCUGCAGCAGGACCUGCAUCGUCCCAGCGGUUUUUCCAGAGCUUCUCAGAUGCUCUGAUCGACGAGGACCCCCAGGCGGCGUUAGAGGAGCUGACUAAGGCUUUGGAACAGAAUCCUGAUGAUGCACAGUAUUACUGUCAGAGAGCUUAUUGUCACAUUCUUCUUGGGAAAUACUGUGAUGGUAUUGCCGAUGUAAAGAAGUCUCUUGAACUCAAUCCAAAUAAUUCUACUGCUAUUCUGAGGAAAGGGAUAUGUGAAUACCAUGAAAGAGACUAUGCUUCUGCCUUAGAAACAUUUACAGAAGGACAGAAAUUAGACAGUACAGAUACAAAUUUUGACAUCUGGAUUAAAAGGUGCCAAGAGAUUCAGAAUGGAUCAGAAUCUGAAGUGUCUGCAUCUCAGAGGAAUCAGUCAAAAAUCAAGUAUGACUGGUAUCAAACAGAAUCUCAAGUAAUCAUUACACUUAUGAUCAAGAAUGUUCAGAAGAAUGAUGUACAUGUGGAAUUUUCAGAAAAAGAGUUGUCUGCUUUGGUGAAAAUUCCUUCUGGAGAAGACUACAGUUUGAAACUGAGGUUGCUUCACCCUAUCAUACCAGAACAGAGUACAUUUAAAGUACUUUCAACAAAGAUUGAAAUUAAAAUGAAAAAGCCAGAGGCAGUGAGAUGGGAGAAGCUAGAAGGACAAGGAAAUGAGCCCACACCAAAACAGUUCACAGCAGAUGUAAAGAACAUGUACCCAUCCUCAUCUCAUUAUACCAGGAACUGGGAUAAAUUGGUUGGCGAAAUCAAAGAAGAAGAAAAGAACGAGAAGCUGGAGGGUGACGCAGCUUUAAACAAGUUAUUCCAGCAGAUUUACUCAGAUGGUUCUGAUGAAGUGAAGCGUGCCAUGAACAAGUCAUUUAUGGAGUCUGGUGGUACAGUCUUGAGUACCAACUGGUCUGAUGUAGGUAAAAGGAAAGUUGAAAUCAACCCUCCUGAUGAUAUGGAAUGGAAACAGUACUAAAUAAAUCAAUUUGCUAUCACUGUA